CAGAUAUCAACAUGACCCGGCACUAGUGGUGGCGCUAGCUAACUUUAAACGUCGAUUUAGGUCGAUUUAAAAUGCGUCCAGGUAACAGGUGUUACAACAAACCGUUGUAUUAGAACGGACUUUUGAGAAAGAUGGUUUACAUUUAAACAGUUCACUGGUUCAUUAGCGAGAUUUACUUGCGAACGUAAACAAUAUUCAGGAAGUCCGUUGACCAAAGAUGCUAGAUUAGUGGUGACAUUUCACUUGCGAAAAGCCGGAAACCUCUUGCUGUCAUUCAUAGCGUGGAAUCAGGCACGUAGCUCGGGAAAAUGUCGGUGCCUUUUUCCAACACUCACCUGAGGGUACCUCGGGGAUUCGGGACCCUCUUGGAGGGACUGACCCGAGAGGUUCUCCGGGACCAGCCGGACAACAUCCCCGCAUAUGCAGCGCAGUAUUUUGACAAACUUCUGAAAGAAAGAGAAGAAAGUGGGAUGGACCCUUCUGAGUGGGCUGCCAAGCUGGAAGACAGGUUCUACAAUAACCAUGCUUUCAAGAGUGCAGGGACUGUUAGUCCUGAAAAGGAAACAGCAACAGAGGAAGCCGACGUUUCCAAAGCAAAAGAAAUGGACUGUCACAAUGAGGAGUGCAGCCGACCCCAGGAGGAGGAGGACAUCUUGGACAUCCCCCUGGAUGACCCCGAGGCCAACAGAGCCGCUGCCAAGAUCCAGGCUGGCUUCCGCGGCCACAUGACUCGCAAGAAGAUGAAGCCAGAGGACAAAACCGAAGGGGAGGAGGUGAGCAGCACUGGGGAUGUGCUCAACAGCAGCCAGGGGGGCUCAGAGACAGGAAGAUCGGGGUCAGUAGAGGGAGACGACACAUCUGUGCCGGAGCAGUGACACCCUUGUUGUCCUGACCUGGAUGAUGAGAGGGAGAAGAGUCAAGAAGAGGUAGUGAGAGAUGUGUGGAACAAGCUGGCACAAGCUGGUUUGCAGGCUUACCUUUUUAAUCCCACCCCAACAAAAUCAUAUCCCUCCCUCCCCCAACAUGAGUUAGCUUAGAAAAUGAACAGUUUCGAGGGUGUGUUAUGUGAAAUAUUUGUGAACUUUAACACUCCCUCCCUGCUUCUUUGGCGGCCUCAUCAGUACGGAUAUGUUUGACCCAGAAUUUGCGACUCACUGCAUGUACUUGUGAAAUUUCUGGUACUGUGCUAGUUUUUAGAUGAUGAUCUGUGAAUGUGAAAAUGAAUGUCUGCCAAAAGCUAAACAGGGCUUAUUUUUUGAAUGGAUCAGUGCAUAUAUCCUGUGUAUACAUCACUUUUUGUGACCAGUGGCUUCUGUUUUGUUUUGAUUUGCCACGUUUUCUUUUUGUUGUUGUUGUUGGUUUUCUUUUUGUUUCUGUUUUUUGAUGUGCUUGUAUUUUGACCGUUUUCUGACUUGCUUACAAAAACAAUUAAAGCAUCCAAAUCGCCAAAAGAAAAGUAGCUAUGUAUGUUCUAUUUUUUGUUUAUAUCUUUCUGGCCAUGUGAUACUUUUCACAACAAGCAUUUUUCUAUAAAUCUGAUCUUCCAGAGCAGUAAGCAUGCUGUAUCUACACUCUUAUCCAGAUGCAUUUUGGUACAGCUUUACCUUAUGCGGUAAUAGUUCUAUAUGCUCUGUUCCUGUGUUGUGCUGUAAGUUUUUUCAGAGCCCUUGUGCUUCAAAAAUUAACUGAGUAGAACCUGAACUUUGGUGUAGAGUCGUGGCAUUACACUAAUAAAUCCAUUCUAACUAUA